GAUAGUGCAUCACCCCAACCCCCACGUGAACAGAUUUUUUUUUUUAAAUAGCUCUGUAGUUCUGAUUUCUGAAAAAGAAGUCUCAUAGCUUUCUUUUCUAUAAAUGAGUUCCUCUGAAACUUUUGUUGGUUAUGCUGGUUUACAGCCUUUUGUAUUAGACGAUGCCUCGACACAUUUACAACCCAUGACGUUUGAACCAAGACCUUUGGAAUCGGAUGAAAUAGAAAUUGAGGUAUCCGCGUGUGGCAUUUGCGGUUCAGAUAUCCAUCAAUUGACCAACGGUUGGAACAGAGCUACAUUUCCAAUCAUUCCAGGUCACGAAUUUAUCGGUAAAGUAACUGCGGUUGGUUCGGGUGUUAAGCAACAUGGAUUGGGAGAUCGUGUUGGCGUAAGCCCAGUAUGCCGAUCUUGCGGAGACUGUGAACAAUGCCAUCAGUCGCGCGGUCAAUUCUGUCCUUCCAAAGUCACUACGUACAAUGGCAAUUUUAAAGGCCACAAGACAUUUGGUGGGUACGCCAAUAAGGUUCGAGUGCAAGCAAAAUGGGCUAUUGCCAUUCCCGAGAAUAUUCGAGAUAUUGAUGCUCCUUUAUUAUGCGCAGGUAUUACUACAUAUCUCCCAUUCAAGAACCAUGAUAUUGGAAAGGACACGACGGUGGGUAUCUUGGGAAUUGGUGGAUUAGGCCAUCUCGCUAUUCAAUGGGCACGAGCCAAGCAGUGCAAAAAAGUGUUGGCUAUUUCGACUUCAGACCGUAAACGACAAGAUGCUAUGGAGUUGGGAGCUACUGAUUUUAUGAUUUUGAACAAGGAUGGCACGUACGACGCUCAAUAUCAAAAGAGCGUCGAUGUUUUGUUAGUGUGUGGAUCUGGUAAAGAUACGAAUUGGACGAAAUUAGUCGAGUUGGUCAAGGUAGCGGGAAAGUUAGUCUUGAUUGAUCUUCCUGAAAAGCCCUUGGUGAUUGAAUCUUCUGCUGUGGUUUACAAUAGUGUGAGUAUUUGUGGUACUUUUGUCGGUGACCAGGAUGAUUUAAAGGAGAUGUUGGAUUUUGCUAGUGAGACAGGUGUUCGACCUUGGGUCACGACUGUUGAUAAUACUUUGGAUGGUGUCAAUGGAGGAGUGAAGGAUUUGAUUAAUGGCAAAGGACAUUAUAGAAUUGUUAUUGACGGUGUAGGAAGACAAAAGGAUUAAAAUA